UCACGGAGAAUCCAGUGCUUUGCAGGGGACGUGCGUGGCAAAGCCUGGAAGGAGGUUAUGGCUUAUAAAGGGGCCUCCCUCCAGGGGAUCUGAAUGGGUAAGAGCCCAGAUCUCCUGCUUCCAGAACCUCUCAGCCCUCCAAAAGGCAGGGUAGAGGUGGACACAACAGAUCUGAAUCCAAGCUCCGCCACUUGCCUGCUCUGUGACCGUGGGGCAAGGCUCAGGCCAGAGCCCUACAGGAAGCUUCUGAGGGAACCAGGAACUGGGGCGCACCUCCCCCACCAAGGAGUAACCCAGGAGAGACUUCCAGCCGCCAUCCUGGAGGUCCUUGCACCCAGCUCCCUUCACCCACCCCAGGAAGAGAUGCAGAAAGACACUUCGCUGCCACCCCCAUCUGGGCCUUUGGCCUCCAACACUGCCCUGGGUGCAGGCCUGCAGGCCAGCUCAUCUGGACUCCCGAGCAAGAGCGAGACUCGGCGCCGCACCAGCCCCAACCCCCACCGGAAGCCCAGCAUAUCCAAGGUGAUCCUGGGGUUCGUGGCAGACAAGGGGGCAGGCAAGCGCGUGUCCCUGGCCGCCCUGAAGAAGGCUGUUGCCACCAGAGGCUACAACAUGACCCGCAACGCCUGGCGCUUCAAGCGAGUGCUCAAGGGGCUGGUGGACAAGGGCAUGCUCAAGCAGGUGACAGGCAAGGGGGCCGCAGGCUCCUUCCUCAUGGGCAAGAAUCAUGCCUCCAAGUUUAAGCUCAAGGCCAAGAGACGGCGGCAGCGGCGGCAGCAGUCUGGGCAGCGCCGAUCUGGGCAGCGCCGGUUGCUCAUGGGCUCCAAACAGGGGCACAAGCAACCCAUCAGGGGCGUUCGCAGGGCGGCCAGAUGCCGCCGCAGUUAACCAGGAAGGUUGGGCAAGCAGGCAGGGGUGCCAGGCCCGCCACAGGCUCAGUGCAGUGAGAAUAAAAGGAGCCUAACUUAUUUCA